AGGAGUGGUUCUCGAACAAAACGAGCCUAGCGAACCCUCCAACGCUUUGGUUUCUUCACCACCACCACUCUUCACCCUUCUCUCUCUCUCUCUCUCUCUCUCUCUCAAAUUCGGAAACAACAAACAACUCAAAAAGGCAAAAAGGGUUUUCCGAGUGAGAUCUAGGGUUUCGACCGAUUCAGAGAAGGAUUUUGAUCGAUCAACAACAAGAAGGAAGGCUAGUGGUUGAACAUGGAUUCGAAUUCACAUGGAAACCUGGAUGAGCAGAUUUCUCAGCUCAUGCAGUGCAAACCCUUGUCCGAGCAAGAGGUAAGGGUUUUGUGUGAUAAGGCGAAGGAGAUUUUAAUGGAAGAGAGCAAUGUCCAGCCUGUGAAAAGUCCUGUUACAAUUUGUGGUGAUAUUCAUGGGCAAUUUCAUGAUCUUGCAGAGCUUUUUCGCAUUGGAGGAAAGUGUCCAGAUACAAAUUACUUAUUUAUGGGAGAUUAUGUUGACCGUGGCUAUUAUUCUGUCGAAACCGUAACGCUUUUGGUUGCCCUUAAAGUGCGUUAUCGUCAGCGUAUCACUAUUCUGAGGGGAAAUCAUGAAAGUCGCCAGAUUACUCAAGUUUAUGGGUUUUAUGAUGAGUGCCUACGGAAGUAUGGCAGUGCUAAUGUUUGGAAGAUCUUUACUGAUUUGUUUGACUACUUUCCAUUGACAGCAUUAGUUGAAUCUGAAAUAUUUUGUCUUCAUGGUGGGUUGUCCCCAUCUAUUGAAACCCUUGAUAACAUACGUAAUUUUGAUCGUGUACAAGAAGUUCCUCAUGAGGGACCCAUGUGUGAUCUUCUAUGGUCUGAUCCGGAUGAUCGUUGUGGUUGGGGUAUCUCUCCUAGAGGUGCUGGAUAUACCUUUGGCCAGGACAUAUCUGAGCAAUUUAACCAUACCAACAACUUGAAGCUGAUUGCUAGGGCUCACCAGCUUGUUAUGGAAGGAUAUAACUGGGGUCAUGAUCAAAAGGUGGUUACCAUAUUUAGUGCACCUAAUUAUUGUUAUCGCUGUGGCAACAUGGCAUCUAUCCUUGAAGUUGAUGACUGCAAAGGACACACAUUCAUUCAGUUUGAGCCAGCUCCAAGGAGGGGAGAGCCAGAUGUAACCAGGAGAACACCUGAUUACUUCCUAUGAUACAACUUUGGUUGAGUUGCUUUUACCAGCAACUAGUGCCCUGCAGUAAUAUGCAAGCUCAUCUACUUGUCAAAAUCAGAGCCAGGCAUCAAAUUGAUCCUUAUGUUUUCCAAGUUAGGCUUCGCUGGAUGUGUUAUUUACUUGAAUUAUACUUGAAUCUUUCCAAGAGGAAGCUGAGGAGCAGGCGAUACUAUUGUGGGCAUGUGUACCAUUCCGACAUGCGAUGUAUUAAUUUUCAUGUUUCUCCAAUUUUUCCUUUUCUAUUUAUUUGCAGUUCUCUUGACCUUUCUUUUCUAAAUUUAGGGUUAUUGUUUAGGGGAUGGGUUUCUGCAUAUGGAUGAUGCUUUAACUUAUCUUCCAAUGGGUGUUUUAUAAUUUUUUACCUGUCUUGUGAGAAUAUGUUCUAAUAGGUAGUCUUGUUUUCUGUCUCUUACUUAUAAUGAAUUUUAUUUUUUACAAAUAUUUAUUAAUACUAAUUAAG